AUGACAGUGGGUCUGCUCAGACCCACUCAGGUGUUAGACUUACACCCGAGACCGUGGAAGCAGGAUGGGACUCAGAGGAGCAGCAUGGAAACAACUAUCACUGCAAAACUGUUCCAUCCAUCUGUCCAUAAAAGCCUACCGGAGCACACACCGGGCAAGAGGCAGAGUGACCACAUGGGGUAUGAUACAAACUCUGUGUGGCUGCAGUGUAACGCGGUUGUUAUAGCAGCGUUUAACAACACAGACGCCGAGAGGACGGAGCGCAGCACCGCCGUUCGUUUUCGCGAUUCAAUGGCACAAUUUAAAGCGUACGAAGAUUAUCUGGACUCCAAAGUCACGCCAAUGGAUUUGUUUUACUUAAAAAGCAGGGAGUUGGCUCGUAAGCUGGUGGAGCACGGCCACAAGGGCACGGUCCUGAGCAGGGAGGAAUUUGAGGAGAAGAAAGCAGCUGCACAGGCUGCGAAGAGCAACGCUUUGUACAACAGGAGCCGGCCAGUGACACUGGCAAGUGCAGGAAAAGAACUCAAAGAUAACUUCCUGAAAGCCCUGGCAGAGCGAGAGGAGGCCAACCGCAGUGGGAAAAUGACUUCGGUCAUUUUCAUAAGGGAUCAUAAUACUCUUGGACAGGAAGUAUCUGGCUAUAUAGACUACGCCCACAGACUCAAGACCCAAGAUUUUGAACCAUAUUUCAGCGGAAAGAAGAGGCUCAUGCCAGGACGCUCGGAUUUAUGCUACUACAACUGGAAGACACAGGUGUCCACGUCCGGCUCAAGCCCCAACUUUGAGGUGAUUUAUGACGACCCUAACGGCCUUCUCUUUAAGAAUAAGAGGGACAAAAAGAUCCUGAACGUGGACCCCUUGUCUGGACCUGGUGAGGACUCCAACAGGACAUUCCUACAGUCGGACCUCUACAUCCAUGUCGUCAUCUACGACCACAACAUCAGGACAGUCUAAGCUUCAGAGGCUGCUGCCGGCACGUUCAUACAUAUGGCUCAUAUUGGAGAGCACUGGAAGCCUCUAAUUUGACUGAGUUGCUGCAGUUGCACCAUCAUUUACAAACUGUUCCCCUCAUAUCAUGCAUGCCAUCUGGGUGGAGGUGCUGCAGUUAAAAAAUGGCUUUAAACUGAGGAUUCCCAGAGGAAGAAGUGGGUGGACCAGUGCGACAACUUGGAUGUUUCCUUGCAAAUAACCUGAGAUUUUAUAUGUUGCAUCAGAUUUUGUGACACUAUAGUCUUGUUACUACAAAAAAAAUCGAAUCUCUUAUUUUAGAGUUGGCCCCGUAUCCUUUUUUAUUCCACGCUAUCAGUGAAGACCAAGGCCCAGGUUGGCUCAGUUUGUUUGGCAUGCUCAGUCAGGGGCAGAAACCUGCUCAGGGACCCCGGGCUCGUUCCACGGUUUGGCCUGGCAUGUUUUGGGCUGUUUGUCUAAACAAAUUAAAGGCGUAAGAGCUUUGAAAGAUGAUGGGGGUUGCUUUUAUGUCCUCCCCCAGGCUGCGGUAGCUCCAGUUGGACUGGAAGAAAUGGGUAAUGGGCUUAAAGCAUUCCGCAUGUUCCCAGAUGCAAGGCACACUUUACAGGACAUCAAAGUGCUCUAUCAUUUACA